AGAUAAAGAUAAUGCAGAGGUCCUUCUGGAAGAGAAUUCAGCAGAGAGAGAAAGAUCUUCAGCAGCUGAGAGAGGCUGUGGAGUCUUAUAAGGGCUCUGCACAGACAGCAGUCGAGGAAAGUGAGCAGAACUUCUCUGAGCUCAUCUGCUUCAUUGAGAGAUGCCGUUCUGAGUUUAUACAGCGGAUCAGAGAUCAGGAACAGGCUGCAUUUAGUCGAGCUGAAGGAGGACUGGAACAACUGGAGCAGGAGAUCAAUGUUCUGAGGAGGAGAGACGCUGAGCUGGAGCAGCUUUCACACACACAGGAUCACACCCAGUUCCUGAAGAGUUUCCAGGCUCUUUCACCACCUCCUGAAUCAACAGAAGUACCCAACAUUCCCUUCACUUCUCUCUUCUCUUUUGAUGGCCUGAGAGAAUCUGCCCGUCAGAUGAGAGACAAACUGGAGGAUUUUUGCAAAGAGGAGCUCAAAAAUAUCUCAGACAGAGUCACAUUUACCAACCUAGUUUCUAGGACCAGAAACGACCUUCUACAAUAUUACCGUCAGCUCAUUCUGGAUCUUAACACAGUGAAUCGAUGCAUCUGUCUGUCUGAGAGCAACAGAGCGAUUACUUACACUAACACUUGCAGUUACAUUUACUCAGAACAGCUAUAUCCUGAUCACCCAGAGAGAUUUGAUUAUUGGCAGCAGGUGUUGUGUAGAGAGAAUGUGGGUGGACGCUGUUACUGGGAGAUUGAGUGGAGUGGGUUUGUGUUUAUAUCAGUGUCAUAUAAGAGCAUCAGGAGGAAGGGAUGCUCCUCCUGUGUGGAUUUGGAAUCAGUGGAUCAAUGUGGAUUUGGAAAUAUUGAUCAGUCCUGGUGUUUUUGCCACUCUCCCACCAUUAAUUCAUUUGUACACAAUAAUACAUGGACUGAACUUCCUGUAAAGCCCAUCAGCAGUAGAAUAGGAGUGUAUGUGGAUCACAGUGCAGGGACUCUGUCCUUCUACAGCAUCUCUGACACAAUGAUCCUCAUCCACACAGUCCAGACCACAUUCACUCAUCCACUCUAUCCUGGGUUUAGGGUAGAUAAUGACUCAUCAUUGAAACUGUGUUGAUCAAUCAGAAUAGACCGAUGAGAGAUUUGGAGAAAAUUAGCUGCUUGAUAAACCAGUAACAGUGAGUUGUUACAGAGUGUCUGGUAACACGUUAUAACAAAACAUGAGCACUUUUUAUUUCUAUUUGCAUAACUAUUAUGAACUCAAUGACUCCUUGGACAUCUAAACCUGAAAAAUCAUCAUCUUCCUGGAGUAAUAAUUACACUGUCUGUUGUGUUUAUUAGUGCAGAAGUGCAGAACGUAAAUGGAAAUGGGACAAAUUUCAGAUUUCAUAU